CGACACGCCACUGCCCCGCCAUGGCUGGGAUAGGAGCUUGCGGCGAGUGUCGCGUUGCGUCCGGUUCGACUGCAGUCGGUGAUGGCGGAGGCUUUGGGUGCGGUCCGGUAGGGGCAUCAGGGAAGUACCUGGUGCCUGGAUAUCCGGGAAGCCUCGAGAAUCGCUACGUGGCCGAAGGCUGCCGGCCAAGCAUCCGCUCGGCGAGGGCUUUUUCAUUCAGCUCGUACCACUGUGCCCUCGCCGCACGUGUUGCAGCCCGCAUGCCACCUCCAGAAAUCACAAAACCUUGCGGCCAACUGAGGGUGUACGCAGAGUGCCGGGAGCCGUGCUUAGAGAUCUUCGAUUUUCACAAGGGCCCUGCAGGGAAAACGCUUGGCAGGUAGAAAGCUUCAACGAAUUGGAUGCAUGCAUGCAUGAACGAACCUACACUAGUCCAGAAGGUGAGGAUUACAGGUUCCUGAGAGGAGGAGGUGGGAGUUUUCAGCUUUAUUGAGAUAGGAUGGCCACACAAGCUUUCUCUGAGGCAGUGACAUUUGAUCUGAGACCUGAAAAAGCCAGCCAUGUGAAGAAAAUCUGGGAAAAGUGUGUUGUAGGCAGGAAGCACAGAAGACACCAAGGCCCUGAGCAGGAACAAGUCCAGUAAGAGUGAAGAGCAGAGAGAGGUGUGAAAGAGAGAGGCACAGCUAAGGUUUGAGAGCCCAGAGCCCGCGGUGAGGAAAUGGACUUCAUUCUCAGGGCUCAAGGUCACAUUCCUAGUGAAUGCUAGGGCUGGAAUUCAAGCACCUCAUCAGCCUGUAAAACCUAAUCUCUCACCUUUGUCCUAGGAUGAUACCCACCUCACAGACUCGUCCAGGUCACUAGAGAAAACUUAGAACGUGCCUGGCGCAAGAUAGACGUGCAACCGGUGUCCCCUUUCUCCUGGUUUUCUUAUAAAGUUUCUGGACCGGAAGAGCUGAGGAAGCCCAAACUUGAGCUGAAGCAACUCUACUGAGGAAAAUAAAAACAUGUCUGGAAACAGAUACACAGGAUGUUCGUUGCAACAGGUCAGCCCCAUGGCUGUUCCACACGAUUCACACGAGACUUCCUAUUUGCUGCCUCCAAACAGUAAGGACUGGGAAGGGCAUGGCAUUCCUGACUUUGUCUACGGGCAGGAGGAGCUGGUGCUGGAAGGGAUUCGGUGGCCGAGGGACGCGCCCGGCCUCCCGGAGGACUCCGUACCACCGUCUCGCUUCGACUCUGUGCUCUGCCUUGCCUGGAGGCAGCGGGUGGAGCUGGGGCUGUUCCGCUACCGCCUGGGGGAGCUGCAGACCCAAACCCUCCCCGGUGCCGUGGGUUUUGUGGCUCAGCUGAACGUGGAGCGAGGUGCGCAGAGGAGGCGCCCCCAGAGCAUCAGUAGUGUGAAGCAGGCGUUUGACCCUGCACUGUUUAACUUCAACAAGAUCCGGCCAGGAGAAGUCCUCUUCCGUCUGCUCCGGGAGCCCAAUCUGCCAGGCGCUCUCCAGCAAGAGGACAUCCUCGUAAUGAUCAAUGUCAGCCCCUUGGAGUGGGGCCACGUGCUGCUGGUGCCCGAGCCCACCCGUGGGCUUCCCCAGCGCCUGCUGCCCGGUGCGCUGCGGGCCGGGGUCGAGGCUGUGCUGCUGAGCUCACACCCAGGCUUCCGUGUCGGCUUCAACAGCCUGGGUGGCUUGGCCUCAGUGAACCACCUCCACCUGCACGGGUAUUACCUGGCCCACAGACUGCCUGUGGAGGGAGCACCGAGCGAGCCCCUGGACCCCGGGGGGCAUCUGCACCUCCUCCAGGCCGUCCCAGCGCCCGGCUUCCUCUUUUACACUAGCGGGCCGGGGCCUGACUUGGAAGCCUUGAUAGGCAGGGUAUGUCGGGCCACCGACUAUCUGACUGACCGCGAGAUCGCCCAUAAUUUGUUUGUGACCCGGGGGGCCCCACCUGGAAAGACAUCACCCUCCUCGGCUCUCACGGGGGUCCGAGUGAUUCUGUGGGCCCGGAAGUCCAGUUUUGGGGUAAAGGAAGGCGAGGCGUUCAAUGUUGCCCUCUGUGAGCUGGCCGGGCACCUCCCUGUCAAGACGUCCCAGGAUUUCAGCAGUCUGACAGAGGCGGCUGCUCUGGCCCUCAUUCAAGACUGUCUGCUGCCCCCCGCCCAGGCAGAAGAGGUCCAGGCAGCGCUAGUGGCCUUGAUAGCCCAGGACGAGCAGUAAUCCUUCCGGAAGUAUUCAUUUUCUACCCGGUCUAACUCCCUUUCCAGAAAGCCGUCCACAGGGUCCACAGGGGUCGUUUGGGCAUUUCUGUGACUGCCUUCUUACCUGUCUCAGCCUAAGGGGACGGGUAAAGAAUUGACAAGUGGCCUCUUUAAAGAGAAGAAACGUUAGAAUAGAUCGAACAAAUGAGCCU